UCGCCGGUACUCACUCAGUGUUGCGGCAUCCCGCGCGCGAAUAACUUCUAUUUUCAUCGGAUACUUGAGAGUUCUUUUUUUUUUUUCCUCUCUGUUAAUAACUUUUAAAUAAAAAUUGCUCUCUUGCGGUUUAUUGAUAACAUUAAUCAAUAUUUUUGUACUAUGAAAUUAAAUAUCAGUGACGUUAUUGAUGUCGAGUAUAAUCUCGAGCAAUCAUCAUCAUGUCAAUUCCUUAUACGGUUGUUGUAACUUGUAAACAUCAAUGCAUCCUUGCACAUUCUAUCAUCUUGAUCGUUUAUCUAUCGGCUAAUUUAAUAAAUUGAAAUGGGGAUUAUCAGAAACAAGUCCUCAUUACCGGCAUUGUUACUCUACUAAUCAAAAUUCGAGAGUUAGUUUACUCGAGUUUAUUUAAUUAUAAACCGACUAUAUUAUUCCUCUCUGUAUUAAAAAUGAACGAUACAAAUGAGACUGGGGAAAUGUGGGAGGAUUAUGAUAUUGAAGAGUCCUGGAAUUAUUAUGAUUGGUCGGAAUUAGCUCCUGCACUUGUUAUUUACUCUAUUACCUUUUGUCUUGGAUUGACUGGAAAUAUAGUUAUAAUAGCGUCAACAUUAUGCCCAAAAUUACGUCCACUACCAUCGACACCGACAAAUAUUUUUCUCGGUGGAUUGGCCACCGCGGAUCUUAUUUUAAUUAUUUUCUGCAUACCCGUAAAGAUAGCCAAAUUAUUUUCUUUUACUUGGACUAUGGGAGCAUUUAUCUGCAAAUCAGUACACUAUGUUCAAAGUGUCGCUGCAAUAUCUUCAGUUCUUACACUCACUGCAAUGUCUAUUGAAAGAUAUUACGCAAUAGUACAUCCGAUGAGAGCUCAAUACACUUGCACCAUCAGCCAAGCAAGACGGAUUGUCAUUGCCACUUGGACCGCAUCAUUUUUUUUGGCCAUUCCAAUAACACUUACUCAAAUUCAUAAGCCAGUGGGAGUUCGGGUUCCGUCUUUUUGGUGCGUACGUGACUCGGAUUCUAAACUCCUCUGGCGGAUACACGAGCUUUACAUGCUCCUGUUAGUGUUGGUGAUUCCCCUCGCGGUUAUGGGGUUUUGCUACACCGCUAUAUGCUGGGAAAUUUGGCGCGUUAUGAACCGAAGAUAUCACAUGACGUCCAGAUCUGCAUUGAGUCCAACGAUACCCUCAAAUAAUGGAGAGUGUAUUCUUAUGACAGACAGGGGACGAGAAAGCUCACGGCGAUCUAGAACCAAGCGUGGAAGUACCAGAACUGAGGGUGAAUCCAGGACCAUUAAACAGGUGGUAAAGAUGCUGGUAGCUGUGGUAGUCCUGUUUGCAAUCUGCUGGAGCCCACUGUUAAUUGACAACGUUCUUACAGCGUACGAGUACCUUCCGCGGGUUAAACAUGGCCCUAUAAAGCACAUGAAUACCGCAUUUCAGUUGAUGGCCUACUUCAACAGCUGUAUCAAUCCAAUAGUGUAUGGAUUCAUGUCGAAACACUUUCGUGAGAGCUUUCUUGCAGCAGCUUGCGGGGGCUGGUGGUGUUGUUGCCGAAGAAAAGUCUAUACACCCCCGGUUAAACGACACCCCAGUCUCAGUCAAACUAGAACUACAAGUGUUAGGUGGGCAUGACAGCUUCAUUUAUGCUAUUAAACCAUCAAUCUCAAUCUCUAACUCCCAGUUUCCAUUAAACAGUUUUCAACUAAAUCAAAUUAGAACACACACAUUUUAAAUAUUAAAUGUUAAUUAUCACUCCAGCUUAAACAUAUCACAAGUAAUAUUUUAUAUUUAUUUAAGUAUAAAUGUCCGUUGGUAAAACAAAUAUAUUUAAUCUAUGGUUAUAAAUAUCAAUAAUACAAAAAAAAAAAAUAUAUAUAUAUAUAGUUGUCAAUAAUGUGUGUUAGUACUGGAGUAGGUUAGAGGAAGCAUUUAUUUGUUAAAUUUUUAAAUGUUUAUAUAUUUAAGUGGAUGAGUAUAUGUAUCUGUGUAUAAAUUAUUUAUGUGAAAAAAUAAAUAAAAUCUGUAAACACA